CUGUUUAUUUUUUUGAAGUCAACUUAUUGUUUAAAAUUACAUUAAAUUUAAUUACGCAUGCAUAGCAUUGAAAUUGUAACUAGCGCAACAUUCAAUUACAAUUUAACUACACCAAUUAUACUGCGUAAGGAAACCUGGGUUUGGGUGAAACACGUUCUUUUCUACUUCGCCACAAACGACAUCGUACUCUUAUUAUAUUUGAGUUUAUUUACUGAACGAACUUUAUAAGUAGGUUUAAAAACUGUUAAUGUAUCGCAGAUGCACCGUUAACAAAGUGACCAGGUAAUGAGAAUACAUGGCCAAACAGUAUAGAGGUUAAAAACAUGCGGCUGAGUUACUUCAUACUGAAAGUACAAAGAAUCAACCGCAUGCUUUGAUUGCCUUACUACCGAUCCAUUUACACAAAGGAACCCUGAUUAAUCUCCUAAAUGAUUGAAUUUACUCAAAUUCUAUGCCUGUUUACGGUCUAAAGGGUCAAAUGGAAGUAUCUCAGCAAAACACAUUCGAACGCCCUAGGUGGACACGUUGCUUCUAAACACAAUAGAUGAUAAAAAUUACUUUUGUUCCUAUGGCAAUUUAGAUCGAACGGUAUUCUCGUGUGGACAGUGGAGUUUCGACAGUCAGGAAAUUGUUGAAAGUGAAUUAUGAUUUCAUAUAUAUUCAACGCCUGGCUGUUGAGGCAAACUUAAAUCGCAAACCGUAAACCCUAUCAUGCGUUAUGCGACAUAUCGAGACAAUACCAGAACCCUUAUAGCGUCAUAAUGACUUUUCGUACCGUUCAAAGAUAACGCUAAAACUAAUUUCCAUCCACCCACGAACAAACGCCAGGUUAGGCGUACCUUCGAUUUGCGUCCUAUCGGCUCCAGGAUUCAUUAUGAUUAAUGAUACGAUGAAAGUAACUGGCCGCAUCUCAGCAUGCAUUCAGCUCUGCUUCUGUUAGUAAUGGAAAUCCUAAGGGCAAAAAAUGUACAAGACGUUUAAUGAAACAGCUGAAUGCUGCGCACAUGAUAAGAGUUAAGGUGUUUGGACAGUUCUGGAACUCUUAAGAAGACUAAAGUUCGACAGUUUCUAAGAUCACCUCCAAUGUAAUUUAUGUUCGUUCACUCUUCUGCAGACACAUAUUGGACGUUUAUUUUAUACAAUAAAACCUUCUUCUUUUGUUGUUUUUAAAUCAACGCGAUAGGUGCACAGCUACGUGCAGAACAAAGAACGAAACUUAUUCUCACGUACGAUUACCUUUAUAACUGCUAGUAUGUAGCUGAAGUCGUUCGAAGUCGCGUUUCUGAACACCCUGUUAUUUGGUCGAUACUUUUUGAGGUCUAGGCUUGAGAUUUUAGUCGCUUUCAAUUGAAUCAAAUGGGGACGUUUGCGAAUAGCAUUAGCGAUAAUGGCAUUACAAUAUAGAGAUAUACUUUAAUAAUAAAUGGACCAUAAAGGGAGUGCAGUAAGAAUAUUGAUUGAGUAUAGAUAUCUAAAUAUAUUAAUAGAAAUGGUUAACGACAGAUGCAAGGUGCAGUAGUUCCUAUGAAAGUGCCGCUCAGCAUGGAUCGGCCAUGGAAUGGGAAAGUGCUUCGAAUAUCCUAUUGGGAGUUUCCUCCGUGGAGUUAUACGUGCGUGAGACCUGACGGGCGUCGGAUGCUCGCUGGGAUGCUCGGCUACAUGCUCAGUAAUAUCACCUUUUCGUUGAAUAUGACGUAUACUUUAAGCUUGCCUAAAGAUGGCUGGUUCUUCGGCUGGCUUCCAAACGGUACUUUGAUGGGUAUGCACGGCGCAGUUCUCGCAGGCGAUGCUGAUUUAACCGCUGGGCCGUCGCCGCUUGAGGAAAACUUUCAACGCGAACUUCACAUGCCACCCGCAUCCAUAGAUUCGCAUCUCGUGAUGGUAUCUGGCAUGCGAAAAGCAUAUGUCAGUCAAAAUGAGAGCUUCGUGACAUCAUUCGACGGAACUGUUUGGCUGCUUUUGUUCCUCUCGUUCCUCGUUUUGAUGAUAUUAAUCGGCUUUGCUCACCAAAGAGACUGGACCGUUCAUAGCUUCUUUCAAAUCGGCUUUGAACUCUUUCAAAUAUUAGUACAGCAAGUGACUAAGUCUAAUUUUGGCGCAUUGUAUGCUGAAGUUCUGCAUUGCAUCUGGCUUCUUACCUCAUUUAUACUUGCUCAGUCAUUUGCGGGGCAAUCACGAGCUAAUCUCAUCGUGCAGGCUCCUACUGAAAGGAUCGACACGUCCUGGGAUCUCAUCGCGCGGCCUAAACUUAAAGCUUACUAUCUCGCCAACAGUCAGAUUGCAUCAUAUAUAAAAGGUUUCCCCGGCGAACGAGGAGCUGCACUAAAGCAGCACAUGGAAAGAAAUUCCCAGCCUCUACCCAUUACUGAAAUGUUUACAGAUUCGAUCCGAAACGAGCUAGUAGAUAAGAAGUCCAUGAUCUUCAUUGACACACAAGCAGCACUUCAAGCCGUGUACCGCUGGUGUGCAGAAACGAAUUAUUAUUUCUUCAUUGGGCGUGAAAAUGUAUAUAAUCUGGCCAGUACAUGGUACACAAGCCGGUUACUUGGCAAACCUCUUAUAGAUGCUAUGGAUAUGCAAGUACUAUGGUCCCGUGCGUAUGGUGUCCAGUACGUUCCUCAGCAUGAACUGUACAAGGGUAAUGACAAGUGUAUACCGGGAACCCGACUGGAACAGUCCAACGUAGUUAAGCCCACAACAAUACCGGAUCUCUAUUCCAUCUUCGAAUUGUACGCGUUUAUGACAGCGAUCUCAAUUAACGGUUUUCUCAUCGAGUGGCUAUGGUCCAAGUGUAGGUCCUGUUGCGCAAAAAACCCUUGACGACGACGCCCGCGUCGACGUAAACUAAGUAACGUAAGUGGCAUAGACGGAGUUGCUAGAGGGACGACGCUUGUCGUUCAGCAAGUAAACAAAGACAUAUCGUUAAAUUAGUUUUGAGACGCUUAGUCGAUCUGAUACCAAGCAAAUAUACACGGUUUGCCUUUCUGGACUUAAUUGUAUUCGCGUGAUUUUCUGCUAUCCUAACAAGGACCUGUAUUUUGUAUAAUUUAUGUCAAACGAUGUAACCGACAUUCUGUUGUGUACACAAAUAAAAUAGUGACAACCUUAAAAUUACGUGCUUUACGAAAGGGAACUUGGACCCUAUUGGACGACUGUUCAAGUUUUGGAGAUUUAGGUCAAAGUUUUACUAAGUGUACCGUAUAACCGAAUAUAAUCGCGCACACAUAUAAAAAAAAAUUAUAUUCUUUAAUAAUCUUUACUAAUUUCUAUAAUAAACUCAACAAUAUUUCUUGAAGCGUAUUCAAGGCUUAGCUUGAGUUAGUUUUAGGUAAGAAUACUGUUGGUAGCAUUCAAAGUAACCGCCUUUUUACGCAAAGAAUCCA